GGAAGGGCAGCCUGCUCGGAGGAUGUCUUCGUCGCCCGCCGCCCCGUGCGCGCCCCCGACGCCCGUCCAGAUCCGCGAGGCCAACGCCCACCUGGCGGCGCUACACGGGCGCGUGGCCGAGCUGGAGCGACGCUUGGCGGCGGCGGAGCAGACGGUGCGCGGCCAGGCCGAGAGCCUCAUCCGCAAGGACCAGGAGACGCGCGGCGCCCUGCAGAGGCUGCGGGAGGACAAGGACAGGGAGAUUGCUGUGCUGGAGGGGAAGCUGCUCUCCUCGGAGGAAGCCGCGCAGGAGCUCCGGGGGCUGCUCCAAGAGAAAGAAGCCGUGAUCGCCCAGCUGAACCACCGGAGUCACCUGCUGACCAAGAUCUGCCGCAGCCGGCCCGUCCUGGACAACGUUUUGGCGUACAUGGCCGAAGGGGAGCGGCUGAGCCCCGUGCCCGGAAGCCAGGGCAGCUCUCCGGAUUGUGGCCUCUUCCUAGAGGCAAACUGUGCCCUCGGCUUAGACUCGAAGGACUUUUCUCUGUGUGACGAUGACGUGGAGUCAGGCAAGAGCUUGUUUGGGACAACAGUGUGAACAAGACCAGCCACGGUUACCUUCUCCUGGGAACCCCCUCCCCCCCCCCCC